AUUUGUUUCUUUAAGCCUUUAAGGCAGCAUACUUCGAAAAAAAAACGAGUAAACAAUAGAAUAAAUCAUUAUAAGCCAUAACCACAAAUCCUAGGGAGAUUUGGCAUUGCUCAAGCUCAAAGUUAUUAAACUAUGGAUCCUUAUCAGAAUCCUAAUCCGAAAGGGUACCAGGGACAUAUGCCAUUUGUCUCAGCCGGCGACGGUGGCAGUGGUGGCUCCGAUAUCCCCCAAGGAACAGUUGACAAUAAGCAGAAGAAGAAGCUUCUCCACCGCGACAUCGAACGCCAGAGAAGACAAGAAAUGGCUACACUUUUUGCUUCUCUUCGUGAUCACCUACCUCUUCAAUACAUCAAGGGGAAGAGAGCUGUUUCGGAACAUGUAAGUGGAGCGGUGAAUUUUAUUAAGGACACGGAAACAAGGAUUAAAGAACUCAGUGCAAGAAGAGACGAGCUAAGCAGAGAAACAUGUUAUAAAUCGGAUCCGGAUCUAGCAGGAGCUGCAUCCGAGUUAGGAAAUUCGGUUCCGGCGAGUGUGUUAGUGCAACCAUGCGUGAGCGGUUUCGAAGUGGUAGUGAGUAGCAAUUCUUUAGGUCCCCAAACUUUGCCACUCUCAAGAGUGCUUGAGGUACUUCAGGAGCUAGGGCUUGAAGUCAUCAGCUCUCUCACCACAAGAGUUAAUGAGAGUCUCAUAAACACUAUUAGAGUCGAGGUUAAUAGUUUUGGAUGCUUCGACUUAGCUUGGUUGCAGCAGAAGCUAGUUGAGGAGUUGAUACCUUCGACGGGAAAUAUCUAAUGCCUUUAUGAAUCUUCAUCUUUGGAGCGGGACUUGAAAGUCAUUCUUGGAAGGAGGCGUAUCUUAGGUUUAAACAAGUCCAGGUACGUACUGCUGUUAUGUUUGAAAAGGAUUUGUACGAGUAGGUCAUAAAGUUCAUCAUCAUUCACCGUCCACACAGUAAAGAUUUUUGUUGUGUGUUUCCCUUACGUUUUGCUUAUUAUUCCGUUGUCAUGUUUUCAUGCGUUUUUUUGUGUAAGGAUAUAAGGUUUAUUGUAAUAUAUAUCCCAUGAAUCAUUGAGUCCUACUGCAGACAAGCCCAAGGCGACAACAUAAUAUACCACCUAACCUAACUUUAUCCAGAAACAUAUCAUAUAGCAUGUAGGUAUUUGCGUUAAUAUUAUCGUUGUGUCGAUGUUCAACUCUGCAUAAUGGAAUAGAUAUAUAGUGUGAAGCCAGGGUAGGUGAUAACUAUCUUUUGGCUCUAUACGCCAAAAUCUACAAGAUUGUUUCCAACCUAGCUAGUGAUUUCUGCUCGCCAUUAUUAUCACUUUUUACCUGCGAUAUUUUAUGUGAU